GCAAGUCAUUUCCACUCAUUUUCCUUCCUGUGCGGUCGCCGGGAAUCGAAGAGACAGCUUCUGCUGCGGCCAUUCUUUUUCUUGUGGCAGCAUUUUGCAAUUCUGUAUAGUGCGAACUAAGUGUUUGUGUUUAUGUGUUGUAAAGUUUAAGACGUGAAAGUAUCUUAUCAAACGCAGAAAAGACAGAAUGCUGUCCUCAAAACCGGUUCUCUCCGUCGCGCUGGUAGCAGCGGUGGGAUGUUUGCUCAGUGCCGGACUGGUCCGGGCUCACGAUGAGGACACCGCCAGUGUGGCCCUCACCAAGGACACCUUCCAGUCGGAGAUCGACGGAAGCAACUACUUCGUCAUGUUCUUCGCACCUUGGUGCGGUCACUGCAAAAAGCUUGCCCCAACCUGGGCCAAGCUUGCUGAAUCAAGCAACGAAGACAGUGCCCUCUCGGUGAAAAUCGGUCGCGUCGAUUGCACCACCGAUGGAGAUCUGUGCAGCGAUCAGGACGUCACCGGUUAUCCGACGCUCAAGUUCUUCAAGCUGGGAAUGUCUGCCGAUCAGUCGGUCAAGUAUCGCGGGGCUCGCGAUCUGGACUCCUUCAACGCCUUCAUCCGGGAACAGCUCGGCAUCGAGGAGGACGAAUCCGAGGAAACGGUUGCCGAACCACCGAAACCCGUUUCGCCACUGGUCGAGCUGACCGAUGACACCUUCGCAAAGCACAUCUCCAGCGGAAAGCACUUCGUCAAGUUCUUCGCCCCGUGGUGCGGACACUGCACCAAGCUGGCACCGACCUGGGAAGAGCUGGCCAAGAGCCUCGAGUACGACACCUCGAUUAGCAUUUCCAAGAUCGAUUGCACCCAGUACCGACCGAUCUGUACCGACUUCGAAGUCAAGGGCUACCCAACUCUCCUAUGGAUCGAGGAUGGUAAGAAGAUCGAGAAGUACUCCGGAUCCCGUUCGCACGAAGAUCUGAAGGCCUACGUCUCCAAGAUGGCUGGAGGGCUCAAACUGGACGAAGCAGCCGAGAAGGUUGAAGGAGCGGAAAAGGAUAACACCUCGGCCGUUGUUCAGCUGUCUCAGCCGGACUUCCAGCAUGCCAUCGAGAAGGGAGUCACGUUCGUGAAAUUCUACGCCCCAUGGUGCGGACACUGUAUGCGACUGGCCCCGACCUGGGAGCAGCUGGCCGAGAAGUUCGUCGGCUCCGAUAAGGUCAAGAUCGCCAAGGUGGAUUGCACGCUGGAGGUGAACAAGGAACUCUGCGGCGACCAGGACGUCAACGGGUUCCCAACGGUGUUCAUCUACCGAAAUGGUGAGAAGCUGGCCGAGUACAACGGCAACCGUUCGCUGGAAGACUUGCACGACUUCGUGACCCGGCAUCUGACCGAGCACGACGAACUGUAAACGGGAGGAUGGGAGGAUCUCCAAUACAUUCACAUGAAAUGUAUUUUCAGCGUGGCAGAACAAAAACAAAUUGUGUAAUUCAAUCAUAUCUCGCACUAGGGAGAGACAAACAACUAUUGUGUAAAACCGUAAUUCCGUAGGCAAGUAAUACCCUGGGGGACGUGGAAAAUGUUCUUAGCGAAUAGGAAUCGUAACAGACGAUAAUAAAUACUUGAAGAAAAGACAAGCCAAAACUUAA